AAUUAAAAAAAAAAAAAAUUAUGUAAACAUGUGUAAACUGUUCCACCAAAAGAUAUUUUCAAACUAUUUCACACUUCGAUCUAAUUGAACCAUUCUCAUAAUUCACUCUCAUACAUAGAUCAACGUACAAUGUGAUCUCAUGCUUAACUUAAGUUUCGAAGCUUCGCUUUCUCGAAAGUGAAACCGCCAACGUGACUUCUGUUAUUCUUGAUUUCCACCUUGUUUCGAGUCUCUUCCUGACUUCAAUUGUAUCGCAGAAUUUAAUUUCAACACCCACGAUGUGUACUUAUCGGACAAUUCUUAAUAAAUUUUCGUCGUGUUCGUGAUUUAACAGUAGAACUUAAUAAUCAUCUCUCAGAAUCUGCAGGUUUUAUCAGUUUAUAUUAAAAAGAAAGAUGUAUCAUCAAUGGCAAUUGUCGUGUCGCAGGUGAUAAAAUAUCUGAUAACAGUGUUCUUUCGCGGAAUAACAUAACCUACGAAACGAGAAGAUACGACACGUUUUGAUUUUCUCUGCUCUAAGCUUCACACGUGCGCGUAUCGAUCACGAGGUGCUGAUGAUUGUUUGAAAAUAGGGAAAAAUGUGGCUGAAGGACGUGAAUGACGACGCCUUGCCGGCUGCGAAUUUCGUGAACUCGCGGCGCUGCGUCCAAAACGAAAUACAAGUCGCCACAAUACGAACAAUUGGGUUUUACAUUGCUGAAAGAUCGUCUGGUGUCCCUGGGAUAUCCGCAGGAAAUUAAAGCAUUUGAGUACGACCCUAGUUUUCCGGUGCGGGGAUUAUGGUUCGAUACUCUUUACGGGAAUCUUCUUAAAGUGGAUGCCUAUGGGAAUAUCUUGGUUUGCGUUCACGGUUUUGAAUUUUUGAAACAUUCACAAGUAUACGAGCUUUAUCCAAAUAAAUUCUUACAAUUGGACGAGUCCAGAGUAUACGUGCUCAAUACGUUGUUCAAUCUUCCUGAGACAUAUUUAUUAGCCUGUUUGAUAGACUUUUUCACAAAUUCACCGCAAUACUCGCGAGAGAAAACAGGAGUGAAAGAGGGAGAGCUUACGAUGAGUUUUAAAAGCAUAUUCCAAGAUGUGCGAAACGCUGUGGACUGGAUACACCUUCACGGUGAUUUGAAAACGAAGACUAUAGAAAAUUUGGACGAAUACGUGAAGAAAGAUAAGAGACUGCCAAUGUUUCUUAAUAGGAUCAGAGAAAGUGGGGCAAAAGUAUUUCUUUUAACGAAUAGCGAUUACGUCUUUACCGAUAAAAUCAUGACUUACCUGUUCGAUUUUCCACAUGGUGCAAAGCCUGACGAACCGCACAGAAAUUGGAAAACGUAUUUUGAUACUAUCGUAGUAGAUGCUAGAAAACCGUUAUUUUUUGGCGAGGGUACGAUUUUGCGGCAGGUGGACACUAAAACCGGAGCUUUAAAACUUGGAACGCACAAAGGGCCGCUUCAUACAGGAGAGGUUUAUUCAGGAGGCUCGUGUGACGUGUUCACCGAAUUAAUAGGUGCAAAGGGUAAAGACGUGUUAUAUGUUGGUGAUCAUAUCUUCGGUGAUAUUUUAAAAAGUAAAAAGAUCAGAGGGUGGAGAACAUUUUUAAUAGUGCCUGAACUGGUACAAGAGCUUCAUGUUUGGACGGAUAAAUGUCAAUUGUUCGCCGAGUUACAAAAUUUAGAUGUUAUGCUAGGAGAAAUGUACAAAAAUUUAGAUAGCAGCACAAAAGAAAAGCCUGAUAUUUCUAAGCUGCGAACAUCUAUAAGAGACGUUACGCACAAAAUGGAUUUAUCUUACGGAAUGAUGGGUUCAUUGUUCCGCAGUGGAAGUAGGCAAACCUUCUUCAGUAGUCAAGUAGUGAGGUAUGCUGAUCUUUACGCAGCAACCUUUUUAAAUCUCAUUUAUUAUCCAUUUUCGUACAUGUUCCGAGCCCCGGCUAUGUUGAUGCCUCACGAGAGUACAGUUGCUCACGAACAAAGAUUUGUUAUGGAAACACCAAUGAUCAGUCGAUCUCGGACAUUCAAGCUCGCAGAAGAAGAAGAAGAACAGAAUAAACCUACUAAAACUUUGUACAUGGACUGUCCCAAUAAUCAAAUACCGCAUGCAAGGCCAGAAACUCCGCGUAAUGUGACACACACUCAUGAUGAAGAUUGCAGUGAUGAAGAUAGUGACUCUCAGAAACAAGCAAAUCACGUAAGAUCGUGCACAAGGAAUUCUAAUUGCAAAUGAAUUAUUUUCACUGUUAUUUCUUCUUUCAGUUACAUGUUUCUACAUUCUCUUUUAACCAUUCAUUAAAAUAUUAUUAAAGGAUUGAAUAGAAUCCUAUUACAUAGAUAUCCAGCUUAAAAGUCUUGAUCGAAUCUACUGAAAUUAAUUAAUAGUAUUUUUCAAUUCAUAUUAAGUUUCAAUUACAUUUAUCGAAUAUAUAUUCCAAAAUGAAUAUAACAUAUAAUGUUAAUAUAUAUUAUAGAAACUCAAUUCUUUUUUUUUAUUGUCAUGAUUUAAAAAGUUACAAAAUAUAAAUUAUUAUAAACGUUAAUGUAAAUUAAUUUACACAUUUAUAUUUCUUUAUUGAUUUAAUUUAAUAUUUAUUUAAAUGUAUGUAAAAUAGUACAAGCUAUAUACAAAAAAGUUCAAGUAGUCAUAUACAAGUUUAUAAAUUUAUAUAUAAAUGUUAAACUGAAAGCCAAUCAAAUAGGAUAUUGUCAAUAGAAGUUGUUCGUUUACUUAUAUUAGUAAUGAAAUUUUUAUAAAAGAUAAUAGAAUUUAAUAUUUUAUUGGCUAACAACACGAUAAUAUCGUUUGAUCGUGUAUUAUUUUUAACGUGAAUGAUUCUCGCACAAGAAAUUGGCAUUCAUAGUAAUAUUAAAUAGGUGCAAUAUGAAAUAUAUCUUAAUACUGAAUUUUUCUAGGUAUGUACUACACGUUUUAUAAGUUCAAUCUUACAUAAUAUAAUUAUAAACUUGUUAUGUAUUGUAUAUAAUAAGUGUUAUGACUAUUGAAGGUAGUGUAAGUUUGAGUAUUAGGCUAGUCUUUUUACAUGAAAUUUUAUUAAUACGACAAGUGAAUGACAUAGUGAAUGACAUAGUAAAAUUUAAAAUAAAAAAUUAACUCGAACUAUUAAUUUUUGUCUAUAUAGAUGUGUAAGUUUAUUACAAUUAUGAAAAAUUUAGAAAUAG